AUGCCCACGACGAGCCUGGAGGCAGUGGACAUUUUGGAAGCCCUCGAAUCGAAUCUUGCGUGCAUUCCAGGGGGACGUGAUCGCGAUGGAAGACCUUUGAUCGUUGUUAACGUUCCGUCCGAACUCCAGCCCAGCACGAAACCGAGAUUGGAGUCGCUUAUCGCAUACUUCUUGGCCAUUUUUGGCGAAGAGACGAAGAGGAACGGGUUAGUCUUGGUCGUGGACGCACGAAGGGGUGCGUGGCGUGUUGCGAGGUCCUGCAUACGGCUGUCGAUCGUUCUUCUGGGAGCUUCCGCCGCUUCUGUGAUCGUGGUGCGACCCGAAGGUUUCUGGGACAAAAGAGUAGACAGUUGCACCAGAUCUCACAAAGAAGGAGAGCCGACGUACCUUACCCAGACGAGGCUUCAGCUUCACGUGGACUUCGCGCAACUACCGUACGAGCUGGGCGGCAACAAACUGUACAAUCAUACGGAGUGGAUUCAGAAACGCGUGAAAGUGGAGGACUACAUUAAGGAUGCAUCAGAUCUCGUGUCAAAGAUGACCAGCCUCCAUCAAAGAUUAACCACCCUGGACGCUUUUCGCGUCUCGGAAUCGGCCGAUCUCGAAUCCUAUUGGGAGACGAGCAGCGAAUUAUCAUCCGUCGCGCGCCACGUUCUCCAAACAGGUAGAAAUUUGGUGAGUUCGAUGAGCAGGGAGUCCUCGAAGGACCUUUUGGACACCACGAAACGUAUCCACGAACUUAUCGACUCCAUAGAAUUGAAGCAGGUAGGCAUCGAAAAUUCCUGGACAGAAAUGGAAAGGAACCUAGACACUGCCAGAGUAAUCGGCGAUCUCGAGAAGGGUGUGUCCCGUGUCACCGACUGGAUCCUUGGACCAGCUGACGCUAUGCUGAAUUCCUGUUGCCAGGUCGGAUUCGAUGUUUCGUCCUCGGAGGAGCUUCGAAGGCAGCACGAGGAAUUGGAACUUGAAUGCAGGGAGACAUACGGUCGCUACGCAGAAUUGCUUCACAAAAUCGACAGUUUACCAAGCGCACGUCUGUCUGAAGAUUUGAAGUCACAAAGGGACUUCAUGGAUUUCGUGUGUCGGAGCUUCGCAACCAGACUGGAGAGACGAAGAAACGUGUUAAUCACUUCGCAAAGAUUCUUCAGGCUGGUGUCUGAGUAUUUUGACAAAACCAGCGAAGUGUUCGACAAGUUGGUUAUGGGCAAUAGGAUUCACGAUUUCUCUCAGGCUGCUGCGAACCUGUCGAAAUUGGAGCAGAAUCAGGCUGUUCUUGAAACAUUGGAAUGUGAACUGGUGAAGGAAGGUGAAAAAUUAUCAGACAUACUCUCGAUGCCUGUGAAGGAUGCCCUCGGCCGCGACGUGCAGGUCGACUACGGUGAAGAUAUAGUGAACGUCAGAGACAUUUUGGAUGCAACGAAUGCUAGGAAAAAUAUCUUCAACGACAGCGUUGAAUUGCAAAAACUGUCACUGAAACAAAUUACUUUGAUAUACACUUACGAAAGCGACACUGAACAGGCGGUUAAAUGGUUGAACGACCUGUACGAUGUUCUUCUGAAAAAUCACAUGGAGAUUGGUUGCAACGCGAUUGAAAUACAGGCGCAAAAGGAGGAGCAUCAGUCGUUUCAAGAAACCGCUAAGGGGACAUACGAUUAUGGCUGCCAAUUAGUGAACGGUGCUCGAGUGCUAAGAUUAUCCUGCAGGCUGUCCCUGGACAGUAACGCGACCCUUUUCUCAAGGCUGCGACAGGCCUGGAAGCAGCUUCGAUCCGUUGGUCAAGAACAAUUGACCAGGUUGAGAGUGUGUGCUGUUUUCCACAGGAGCGUCGAAGAUCACUGUUCAAAGUUACGCGAUCUGAUCGAGACAGUGGGAUGCCUGCGUCGAUCGCUGAAGACGGAGGAUCUGGCGGCGGAGUCACGUGCCAGAGCAGAGAUAAGGGACGUCCUGGGCAAUCGGGAGAAACUUCUUCUGGAGGUCGGUCGAAUGGUCCGUCUGGGCCGUCUAUUGAGGACCAGGCUGAAGGAGCCCCUGUGCCACCAACGGCAAGUACGACGGCGACCAUAA